UCAUUGUGCUCACAUGCACCUCGCUCAUAUGCUUCCUGUUUGUGAGUUCAGUCUACUUGGUGAAGCAGCUAGCAGCCAGUCGCGCGCGUGUUCGUCUGUCACUCAGGCCACUGGAUGGAACUGAGCUGGAGACCCUUCUCGACUCGGAGGCUUUGGCACUCUUCUGAGACACUCGCACACGAUGGAUGCCGGACACUAGAUUGCAGAGCGUGAGGCAACAUGCAGCACACCUCUUGCACGGAGGACAGGAUCCAGCAUGCUCUGGACCGAUGUCUGGAUGGGCUGAGAAACAGUCCCACAGCAGCGCACCGCUGGGAUGUACCGAUGUGCUCUGUGAGCCAGUCAAUGAACCGUUGGAGCCUGGAGGAGCUGGUCAAGAGGGACCCCGACAACUUCAUCAUCCUCUUGCAGCAGAUCCUGAGGAAGACCAAAGAGGUGCAGGAGAGGUGUCAGUAUGAGAUGGUGGCGCCGCUUGCCAUCAUGUUCACCUCUACACUUCUCCAGACGCCCUACUGCCCUCCCGACAUGGAGCUACUCGAGAGCGCCAUGGAGGUGUUCAGUGCCUUCAUCACGUGGCCCGAGCCGUACUACAGCGUGUGUCGAAACCUGCUCUCCACCCUCCAGCUGGAGAUCAAGGCUCCGGGGAUUUCCUUUCAGAGACUGGUGAGAGAAGAGCAGGACCUGAACACCAGCUGUCACUUCUCCAAGACCACGACGGUGCUGCUGAUGAACCCGAGCGAGUUGCCCGCUGACUUCAUGUCUGUGGCCGAGCAGCUCAGUUGUGUUCAGCACUCGGAGAAAGACACCUACAUCACUCUCAUCAAACAUGCCUUCCAGUCAACGCUUGGCACCAAGUAUCCACUCUGCGGCAUCCAUUCCACCUUGCAAGCAAAACCAGCAGAUGAAUUGAGGGAGAUAUUCUCCACGGUCAGUGGAGUGUUCGAGACGGCUGCAGCCAUGAGCGAACCCCUCGAGGGACGUGGUCAUGUGAUCCAGGAACUGGAAGGACUGAGGGAGAGGUUGAGCAUUCCUGCAUCCAAUGGAAGCAAGUCUGAUGGAAUGCUACAGACAUUCCCAAUCCCAACAGCCAAGUGUCGCAUGUUCCACUGGGAAAAAGACAACUUUGAUGUCCUUAACACCCUUCUGGAGGACGAGCCACAAAACUUGUCAACUAGGGAGCAUCCCAAGGAGGAUGAGGACGAGGUGGACAUAGAGGACGAUGAGGGCCAUGACACCUUGUCCAUCGUGUCGGAGUCUUACGCGCCCUCGUUCAACUCUGGAGCAGACAGUGACUUUUGCGAAGACUCAGACGACUCCAUCAGCUCACCAAAGCCUGCCAAAUCUUCGUCUCGGCUCAGCCAGCACUUGUACCGCCUCCUUCGGAAGCCCAAGAGGACGAUAAACCGCGCCAAAAGUUUGGGAGACACAGAAUCCAAAGACUUGUCGGUGGUGCGGGAGAUCCGUUCUAACUCGCUGCCCCACCACGUGCAACUACGCAGUCCCGAGCCCUCCUCAUUCCAGGUUCCACCGAAUCAGACCGUUCGACAGGUUUGCUUCAGGAGGCGGCCCAUCCUAAGUUGCGACGAGGACGAGAAAAGCACCACGCUGAGAGUGGUGGUGUUUGGCGCCGACCACGUCGCCGGCAAGGUCGCGAGGGCCUACAGCAACCUGAGAGAAAAAGAGAGCGCUUGUCCUCGUCUCAGCCAGGCCUUCAAAAUUCAGUUCUACUUUAUGCCUGUGAAGAGAGACUCGGCAGUGGGACAAGCUUGUCUCAGCCCCCCCGGUUCUAAAGGAAUUAAUGGGGGCCUUAAUGGAGCAGAAGACAGCACAAAUGACAUUGCCCAUCUCCUUGGGAUGCUGGAUCCCUGGUACGAAAGAAACACUCUCAGCCUGCUGAAGUUUCCCACCAAUAUCGUCUGUCAGCAAACAUCCAAGACCGAGUCAGAGUCGUACGACAGUUCAUAUGAACAGCGGCUCCCCAUUCUAGCCGAUCUUAUUCUCUACUAUUGUCGUUAUGCUGCACGGCCUGCGCUGAUCCAACUCUAUCAAGCUGAGUUGACGUUAGCUAGUGGCGAGAGACGGAGGGAGGUGUUCGUCCAUUCCCUCGAGUUGGGACACACUGCAGGCACCAGAGCCAUCAAGGCUAUGGGCAACGCAAGCAAACGCUUUGGCAUCGAUGGUGACAGAGAAGCUGUGCCCCUUCAGCUUGACAUCAUGUAUAAUCGGAUGGUGAUUAGUGGGAGGAGCCAGUGCAAAAGAGAAUCAAAAAUGUGCACUUCUGUCAACUUGACCAAAGCCUGCAAGAAUCCUGAAGAGCUAGACUCACAGUUGGAGUGUCUGCAGCUCAGCAUGACAGAGGUUUUAAAGAGACAGAAUGGGAAAAACAAGAAGAGCUACAACAUGCACCUGAGCUUGACCGAGGUGAAGGUGGACAAAGUAGUGGUCAGCGGUGCUGCAGACACAACCUUUGCUGUAUGCCUGGACCAGGAUGAGAAGAAGGUACUACAGAGUGUCAUCAGGUGCGAGGCCUCCGUGUGUUCCAAACCCAACAGCUCCUCAGACUGGAGGGAGCGGCACGCUGAGAUGUCGGCCCAAAUUCAGCCGUUGCACCCGACUUUCUGCUCCCUCCUCUGUCUGCCCAUUGUCACUUUCAGCGGAGUACUACCUUGACCCUGAUGAGCUCUGCUUUCAGAGACUUGGAAGAAAAAAAAA